AUGCGGCUGAAGGUGAAGCAGCGGGACAUGAAGGUCCACCAGGACCUCGUGUCGUGCGUGUGCUGGACCCCAAAUGGCGAGCUGUUGAGCUCCUCCGACGACCAGACGCUGCAGCGCUGGGCCGGGUCGGGGGAGCCGCAGGGCAGGGUGUGCCAGGUGCCGUCGCCCGCGACGACGAGCAUGGAGUUCCAGCCCUCGUCCGUGAGCCAGCAGCAGUCUGCGGUGGAAAUAUUCGCACUGGCCACCGCGGACGGCAAACUGCUGCUCAUGAACCGGUCGGGCCGGGUCGAGAAGACCGUGGACGCGCACAAGGGCGCCACCAUCUCCAUGCGCUGGAGCAAUGACGGCCAGGCUAUCUGCACGGGCGGCGAGGACGGGCUGGUGAAGGUGUGGUCGCGCGUGGGCAUGUUCCGCUCCACGCUGGCCGAGUCUCGGCGCGCCGUGUACGCGUUGGCGUGGAGCCCGGACUCCGGGAAGGUCGCGUACACCAGCGGGAAGGACAUCGUGAUCAAGCCGCUGCAGCCGGGCGCGAAGCAGACGUCGUGGGUGGCGCACGACGGCAUCGUGCUGGCAGUGGACUGGUCGUCCUCGUCCGGCCUGAUCGCCACGGGCGCCGAGGACGGGCGGUACAAGGUCUGGGACGCGGUCGGGCGGCUCAUCUACCAGUGCGCGCCGGCGGGGAGCCCGGUGACGGCGCUGCGGUGGGCCCCGUCGGGCGCGCUCCUGGCGGUGGCCACGUUCAACGCGGUGCAGCUGUGCGACCGCAGCGGGUGGCCGCACGGCCGGCACCGCAUGGACGUGGGCAACGUGUACUCGGUGGCGUGGACGUCGGACGGCACGCAGCUCGCGUGCGCGGGCGGCAACGGGCACGUGGCGUUUGCCGAGGUGGUGGGCAUGUGCGUGGAGCAGGGCGCGGUGUCGGCGACGCUGGAGUCGGGGCGGCUGGUGCGCGUGACGGAGGUGGACGAGAGCGGCGGGCGCGAGGAGGAGCUGGAGUACCGGGACCGCGUGGUGCAGCUGUCGCUGGGCGCGGGGCACAUGGUGGUGGCCACGACGACGCAGCUGUACGUGUACGCGGCGGGGUCGUGGGCGACGCCGCAGAUCAUCGACGUGAAGGGCAUCGUCACCAUCAUCGUCCAGGCCGAGCACUGCUUCCUCACCGUCGACCACUUCGCGGGCCUGCGCCUCUACGGCUACGACGGCCGCCAGCUCUGCCAGCCGCGCCUCACGGGCCUCCUCCCGGAGCUCCUCUCCGCGCACAUGCUCGCGCUCUCCAGCGACACGCUCGCCGUCGUCGACCCGGCCAACCCGAAGGUCGUGCGCCUGUUUGACGCCAGCGUGGGCAAGGAGCUCGGCCGCCCGCUGGAGAUGCUGCACGACGUGCGGCAGGUGUCGCUCUCGCAGCAGGGCCCCGCGCACGGGCGGAUGCUGUCGAUCGUGGACGCGAACGGCGAGCUGUGGGUAGCGCGCACCACGCGGCGCGACAUGGUCAAGCUGGCGACGGUGUGCACGUCGUCGCUGUGGCACGACCGGUACGACGCGCUCGCGGCGGUGGUGGACGAGCGGCUGACGGUGUGGUGGCGGCCCGCGGCGCUGUUCGUGGACCGCGACCUCAACGCGGUGGCGCGGCACGCCCGCGACGACAAGUCGCUCGGGCAGGGGUCGGAGCUGGUGGACUUCAGCGGGACGCGGUGCUCGGUGCGGCGGCAGAACGGCGUGAACAUCGCGGUGGGCGUCCCGCCGUUCGCGGGCAAGCUGUACGCGCUGGUGGGCGCGCGGCAGUGGCACGAGGCCACGCGGCUGGCGCGGUUCGCGAACGACCGCGCGAUGUGGGCGGUGCUCGCGAGCCUGGCGCUCGAGGCGCGCGAGCUCAACGUGGCGGAGGCGGCGUUCGCGGGCCUCGGGCGCAUCGACCGCGUGGAGUUCAUCCAGCGCCUGAAGAAGGUCCCGAGCGACGAGGGGCGCGCGGCGGAGCUGGCCGUGCUCGCGCGCGAGAUCGACAAGGGCGAGCAGAUCCUCCUGCAGGCGGGCCUCGUGUACCGCGCGAUCGAGCUGCGCAUGUCGCUCUUCCGGUGGGAGGAGGCGCUGGACCUCGCGCUGCACCACAAGACGCACAUCGACACCGUGCUGCUGCGCCGCGCCGAGUUCAACCGCGCCGCGCGCCUCCCGGAGCAGUCGCCCAAGUUCAUCCAGUACGCGGAGAGCGUGCCCAUCGAACCAGAGGCCAUCGAGGCCAAGAUCCAGGAGGAGCUGGAGGCGGAGGCCGCGAGGCCGGGAGCGCGCUUCGCCUGA